GAUGGGGCGCUGAGCUCAGAGCUGCCGCAGCGCCGGAGCGGGAACCGGAGCCCGAGCGUGCGAGCGAGCAGGGCGCAAGGCGCGAUCCGUGGCUGGCGACGCACCGAAGGCCCGGGCACCUCCGCUGCGCCCCGGCUCAGGGCCCGCGCCCCGCCUGCUGCCGACCGACCUGCACGCCGGCGAGGCGGCGAUUCCCCAUCCAUCCCGAGCCGAGCCCACCGCAGCCCGGCCUAGCCGAGCUCCUGCGUCCGCCCGGCGCAGCCGCAGCCGCAGCCGCAGCCGCUGCCCCAGCCCCAGCCCCAGCCCCAGCCCGGGCCCAGCUUCCAGGCCGCCAGGAUGGACGUGUUCAUGAAGGGCCUGUCCAUGGCCAAGGAGGGCGUCGUGGCCGCCGCGGAGAAAACCAAACAGGGGGUCACCGAGGCCGCGGAGAAGACCAAGGAGGGCGUCCUCUAUGUCGGAAGCAAGACUCGAGAGGGGGUGGUACAAGGAGUGGCCUCAGUGGCUGAAAAAACCAAGGAGCAGGCGUCCCAUCUGGGAGGAGCUGUGUUCUCUGGGGCUGGGAACAUUGCGGCAGCCACAGGCUUGGUGAAGAAGGAGGAAUUCCCUGCUGAUCUGAAGCCAGAGGAAGUGGCCCAGGAAGCUGCUGAGGAGCCGCUGAUCGAGCCCCUGAUGGAGCCAGAAGGGGAGAGUUAUGAGGAACCACCCCAGGAGGAGUAUCAGGAGUAUGAGCCAGAGGCGUAAGGGUCCAGGACGGGCCCCCCCACCAGCAGCACAAUCCCCUCCCUGUCCCCUACCCAGGCCCCCAGAGCCAGGGUUGUCCUACCCCUUCCCCCCCAAACGCGAGAUCUUCCUUUGCUCCGAGGCGCCCCCUUGGAGCCUGUGUUGGUGUCUGUCCAUCUGUCUGUCCUACCCUCCCGCGUCCAACCCUGGGGCGUGGACAGGGCCGGGGCUACGGCCGUGGCUGGUGGCCUCGCCCCACCUAUGUUGCCCCCUCCCCACCCCAUCCCGUCCAACGUCUGCGCGGAUGUAGCAUGUUCUAUGUAUUUUUAAACGAAGACAGAAAGCGACGGCUCCCCACCCAACACAAUCCCAAAAGAGGCUCUCUGAGGGCCCCCCCGGAUAGCCUCAGAGCCUCCCACCCCACUCUUACAACGACCCGAAGAAUCUUUUUUUUUUAGCCAAAGCCAGGAGCCAGGCUGUGCCAUGUCCCCUCCCUCAGCCUAUUCAGUCCGAACGCGGGCGUCGUGUGUCGUGAUUGUGGCAUGGAGAGUCCCCCACCCCCCGUGUGAGCGUGUCCUGGGUGGGUGGGCCCGGGCGCCUCCCCGCUCCGCGUGUCCACGAAUAAAGCCAA